GGAAUUUCGUUAAUUAAUGACAGCAUGAUAUGCGAGUCAAAACGUACCCCUGACAUGACCCAUGGUUGCCUUCUUUUUGCCCCAAAGGGACGGAAGGAGUGUAGUCAUCAGCCAACCACACUAUUAUCGAGGGCCGUGGUCGCAAGAAAAACGAAGAGUGUCUGGAACUCGGCUACGGUCUGGACUCAACCCACGUUCCUCGCCGGGAGAUUACUUCGCUGCCUCUGCACCAAUCACCGUUGACCGUCCCCCGCCCGCAGUUGGCCUGAGGCAUGGCACCCAGUCAAAAGAAGUCGCAGGGCUGCAUUGCACCGCCCAUGCACCCGGUUCCACUCACACCACCAGUAGCUCCUCGUCAGAUUGCAACUGCGCCUUUCAUGUACUACUAUACUACUCUGUACUAGUAGCACUACUACCCCCUCCCUUCCACAACAAACUUUCCACACACCUGUUCGUCAUGACAACUUUAUCUGUCUUUUGUCACUCAGGAGAUCAAUGGAAUGUUCAACCCUAAGACCAAUCCGCAAAAGCCUAGACCAUUCAUUUGAGGGAUUUGAGGGCCGUCACAGUCGAUUGAUUUAGACCAUCGUGCCACAAGAAUCUGCAGCGAUACCUGCAAUUGCUUCACCUGUACCAUCUCUACGGAACGGAGGCGCUGCAGUCGCGCCUUUUUUCGACCGUGGUUCGUCGUCCAUUGCUUAGCAUGACCCGAAACACUUCGGAAGAAGCAAAGUGCCUUGUAACGCGAAUAGGUUAGGUCUCGCUCCAUUUCCCCCAGUCAUGCUAUGUUCCAGCAUCGAUAGCGAAAUGACACUUCACAUGUCCUUGUACAUCUGGACGGGGCUCUCUCUC